CGAAGGGAAGUGCUAGAAGAGAAAAUGCAAAAUAAGCGUUGGAACAUGGAUGGAGCGGAAAUCAAGUGGGGUCCCGAUAGAAGUCUCAUCAUCGUUUAUCGACAACUUCAACACUUACCAAUCUCACCAUCAACCUAUCUCCUCGACCCAAGCCGGGUGUGCGCAGUGUGGGUGUCGAGUGUCGAGUGUCGAGACAGAACAGUUACAACAGCUCCAAAGUAUUGCAUCCACAAGCAUGGCUUCAAGUUCGAACCCGCCUGACGCUCGCAUGAGCAGCGAUUCCGACCCUGAUUACGAGCCGGGCGGGGAAGAGGACGAAGAGGAGCAGUCGGAAGGAGAGAACCUUGCACAGGCAUAUCUCGAACGCUUACUCGCUGGCGAACUGGGUGUCGAAGAUGAAGCCGAGGAAGAAGAUGGACAGGAAGGACGAGAUGGAAUUUGGCGACAUCCGGGUCGAAAUCGAGGAAGAACCCAGUAACAUAGACGAGACCCAAGCGGAAAACGACGAAAGGAUCGCCCGGACGAGACGACGGGUCUUGCGUUUACUACAGAAUUCCGAAAUUGGACGGAUUUUCCGCUUUGCCCCAGACGACGACGAGGAUGAAGAUUUAGAUUGGAAUCCCAGA